GUCUUGUGGUCUCAAAGCCGGACCUGGUCACCUUUCUGGAGCAAAUGAAGACUCCCUGGGAUGUAAGGAGAACGGACACAACAGCCACAUACCCAGCAGUUGCAGGUGAAAGAGCUGUGUGGAUGCUGUUUUCUCAAUACGUAGACGUGUUUUUGCUGCAUAAUAUCCCCAGAAGAGACACAGCAGGAGGAAGAAGAGUAGGGAAUGGCAGCUUUUCAGGGACGGCUGACCUUCCGGGAUGUGGCCAUAGACUUCACUCAAGAGGAGUGGGAAUGCCUGGACCUCGGUCAGCGGGACUUGUACACGGACGUGAUGGUAGAGAAUUAUAGGAACCUGGCCUCCUUGGGUCUUGUGGUCUCUAAGCCAGACUUGGUCACCUUUCUGGAGCAAAUGAAGGAUCUCAGGAAUAUAAGGAGAAUGCAGACAACAGGCAUAUACCCAGGGUCAAAACAUUACAAGUGUAAUAAAUGUGGGAAAGUCUUCAGUAACUCAUCUAAUAUAAGUAAACACAGGAAGACACGUUCAGGAAGGAAACCUUUCAAGUGUACACGAUGUGCCAAAGCCUUUCAUCAGAGUUCAAGUCUUAGUCAACAUCGGCAAAUCCAUACUGGCAGGAAACCUUAUAAAUGUAGCAAAUGUGGCAAAGUGUUUAUCUAUUUCUCAAAUCUUAGUCACCAUCAGCAAAUUCACACUGGGGAGAAACCUUAUCAAUGUGCAAAGUGUGGCAAAGCCUUUAGUCAGAACUCAAAUCUUACUCGACACCAGCGAAUUCAUACUGAAGAGAAACCUUAUAAAUGUAAGGAUUGUGGCAAAGCCUUUAGCCGGCGCUAUGGUCUUACUCAACACCAGCGAAUUCAUACUGGAGAGAGACCUUAUAAAUGUAAAGAAUGUGGGAAAGCCUUCAAUAUAAACUCAAAUCUUACUCAACACCAGCGAAUUCAUACUGGACUGAAACCUUAUAAAUGUAAGGAUUGUGGCAAAGCCUUUAGCCAGCACUAUGGCUUUACUCAACAUCAGUUAAUUCAUACUGGAGAGAAACCUUUUAAAUGUAAAGAAUGUGGAAAAGCCUUUAGUCAAUCCUCAACUCUUACUAAACACCAGCGAAUUCAUACUGGAGAGAAACCUUAUAAAUGUAAAGAAUGUGGAAAAGCAUUUAAUAGAAACACAACUCUUAACAAACACCAGCGAAUUCAUACUGGAGUGAAACCUUAUAAAUGCAAUGAUUGUGGCAAAGCCUUUAGCCAGAGCUAUGGUUUUACUCAACAUCAGUUAAUUCAUACUGGAGAGAAACCUUUUAAAUGUAAAGAAUGUGAAAAAGCCUUUAGUCUAUCCUCAACUCUUACUAAACACCAGCGAAUUCAUACUGGAGAGAAACCUUAUAAAUGUAAGGAUUGUGGCAAACCCUUUAGCCAGCGCUAUGGUUUUACUCAACAUCAGUUAAUUCAUACUGGAGAUAAACUUUAUAAAUGUAAAGAAUGUGGAACAGCCUUUAGUCUAUCCUCAAUUCUUACUAAACACCAGCAAAUUCAUACUGGAGUGAAACCUUAUAAAUGUAAGGAUUGUGGCAAAGCCUUUAGCCAGCGCUAUGGCUUUACUCAACAUCAGUUAAUUCAUACAGGAGAGAAACCUUAUAAAUGUAAAGAAUGUGGAAAAGCCUUUAGUCAAUCCUCAACUCUUACUAAACACCAGCGAAUUCAUACUGGAGAGAAACCUUAUAAAUGUAAAGAAUGUGGGAAAGCCUUUAGGCAUAGCAGUCAUCUCACUAGGCAUCUCAGUGCACAUACUGAAGAAAAACCCUCAUGA